GCCGGCGUGGACCCGCAGGACGGGCUCGAGGCCGAGGGCGGCGUCGACAGCGCCAUGCUUCCUCCGGGCGCCGAGGACGAGGAGGGAUCUCGACGGCCAUCUCGGCGAGAAGUGGGCGACGAGGAGGUCGACGAGGAUCUCGACGAGGAGCAGCUGGCCGAGCUGGAGGCCCUCGAGGACGAGGAAGAGGAGGAAGAGGUGGAGGAGGAGCCUAAGGUCGAUCCGACGAGACGAUCGAGCUGAGGGAGAAGCGCGAAGAGCUCAUCGGUCUGGAGGAGCGCGCGAAGCAGCGCCAGAAGGAGCUGCAGGCCCGGGUUGCUCAAGAGGAGAUCGCAGGAGAAGGCCUACGACGCCGCGGAGAAGCAGUCGGAGGGUAAGGUGACAGACCACAAAUACGAGAACGCACUCCAGAAUGUACACAAAGUGCGGUUGAAGUUGCGUCUUCAGCAGGUGAAGGCCGCGCGCAUGAGCGACGUGUUGAAGGGCCAGCUGGAGACCAAGCGUCAGAAGGCCAUCGAGUGCCGCGACUCGUUCCAGGAGUUCAAGCGGCAGGUGGCAAAGCACGCGGAAUAUGCGCGCACGGGCAAAGGAUCCCGGACAAGAUACUACAGGAAGUCGAAGAGUUCGAGCUUGACAAGGACGCAGAAGUGGAGAAGGUGCGCGGCUCCAACACAUCCUUGAAAAAUAGGCUUGCCAAGCUCGAGCAGCUCUUGCGCAAGAAGGACGAGCUAGCAGCAAAUUUGCACGUGAUCGAUUUCGAGCAGCUCAAGAUCGAGAUCCAGACACUCAACGAGAAAAUCGAGGAGCGCAACGAGGAGUUGCACAAGCUGAGGAAGAAGACAAUUUCCACAGUGCAGAUCAUCACCCACAUGCGGGAGAAGUUGCAGUUCGUCCAGCAGGAGUACGGAGUCCUGAAGCGGGAGCUUGCACAGCUCGACCAGGACCUUGCCGCGCAGCGCGAGCUUGUCGCGAAGACCAAGCACGAACGCGAUGAUCACAGGUCCGAGUACGCCAAGCUGCGACAGCAGACGGGCAUCACCAACUCGGAGAAUUUAGCGAAGGACUACGAGCAGCGUGCGGAGCACAUCAAGACGCUGAAGGAUGAGAUCGGCGCGCUGAAGAAGCGCCAUUCGCAGAUGGCGCAGUUCAUCAAAAAGGCAGAGGCCGCGAACACCGCGCUGACCAUGUGAGCGGCACGGCGGCGGCCCGCGUUUCCGCACGCGGGUCAGUUCCCCCCCUGUUGUUGUCGGGGCAUCCCCCUCGCGCGCGGGACCUUGCCCGCCUGGCCGCCAGGAUCGGCUUGCUGUCUGCCGCUGACGGCAGCCUGGA